AUGCAUAGUAUUCUUGAUGUUGUAGGAGGUUUUUUGUUAUUUUUAAUUUGUAUUAAACGAAUUAGAUUAUGGAUUUACAUAAGAAGCUAUUUUGAGAAUUUAGCGAAUUCAUGGUCAUGUUAUAGAAUUGGUAGAUUACGUAUUAUUAAUUCAAGUAUUUAUGUCUUUGUAAGUGCAUCAAUAGGUGGAUUGAUUAUUUUUUCAUUGAUUGGAGAUAUUUCUGGUGUAUUAUUAAUCAAUUUAUCAUCUUUAUUUAUGGCAGCAGUGUGGGGUCAAUAUAUUGAAAGAUCAAGUGGAUUAUCUCGACCAUUUGGUUAUUUUGGUUUUAUCAUAGGUGGUAUAAUGGGAUCAUUGAUUGUUUCAUGGUUUUAUAGUAUUUCUCUUGUUCGAAUAUUAUCAGCAUAUGCAUUAGCAAGUCCUUGGAUACAAGGUGUUGGUCGUUUUCGAUGUAUUAUCCAUGGAUGUUGUCAUGGUAGAUCAACAAAUAAAUUUAUUGGAAUAUUAAUAACUAAUUCACAAUCACGAGUAUGUUCUUUAUCAAAAUUAA